AUGCGGUGUCCGGUAAAAUUAGAUGGAUCGCCUGUGACGAGAGCCAGAGUUGUGUCGACGAGCCUCCAAGCCACGGCUGUUGGGAGUGCGUUGACGAGAAUCACCGUGGCGGCGAGCUUCCAAGCCACGUCGGCUGUUUGGGGUGCGUCCACGCUCAUGAGAGUCACCGUGGCGGCGGGCUUCGAGUCCACGGCUGUUUGGGGUGCGUUGACGAGAGUCUCCGUGGCGGCGGGCCUCAAGACCACGGCUGUUUGGGGUGCGACCACGCUCAUGCGAGUCACCGUGGCGGCGAGCCUCGAGACCACGUCGGCUGUUUGGGGUACGUCCACGCUCAUGAGAGUCACCGUGGCGGCGAGCCUCGAGACCACGUCGGCUGUUGGGGGUACGUCCACGCUCAUGAGAGUCACCGUGGCGGCGAGCCUCGAGACCACGUCGGCUGUUGGGGGUGCGUUGACGAGAAUCACCGUGGCGGCGGGCUUCCAAGCCACGUCGGCUGUUUGGGCCACGACUGUUGGGGGUUCGCUGACGAGAAUCGCCGUGGCGGCGGGCCUCAAGACCACGGCUGUUGGGAGUGCGUUGACGAGAGUCUCCGUGGCGGCGGGCCUCAAGACCACGGCUGUUGGGAGUGCGUUGACGAGAGUCUCCGUGGCGGCGAGCUUCCAAGCCACGACUGUUGGGGGUUCGCUGACGAGAAUCGCCGUGGCGGCGGGCCUCGAGACCACGGCUGUUGGGGGUGCGACCACGCUCGUGCGAGUCACCGUGGCGGCGAGCCUCAAGACCACGGCUGUUGGGAGUGCGUUGACGAGAAUCGCCGUGGCGGCGGGCCUCAAGACCACGGCUGUUGGGAGUGCGCUGACGAGAGUCUCCGUGGCGGCGAGCUUCCAAGCCACGACUGUUGGGGGUUCGCUGACGAGAAUCGCCGUGGCGGCGGGCCUCGAGACCACGGCUGUUGGGGGUGCGGCCGCGUUCGUGCGAGUCACCGUGGCGGCGAGCCUCAAGGCCACGGCUGUUGGGGGUUCGUUGACGAGAAUCUCCGUGACGGCGGGCCUCAAGACCGCGGCUAUUGGGAGUGCGGCCGCGUUCGUGCGAGUCACCGUGGCGGCGAGCCUCAAGGCCACGGCUGUUAGGGGUGCGCUGACGAGAGUCACCGUGGCGGCGGGCCUCGAGACCACGGCUGUUGGGGGUGCGACCACGCUCGUGCGAGUCACCGUGGCGGCGAGCCUCAAGACCACGGCUGUUGGGAGUGCGUUGACGAGAAUCGCCGUGGCGGCGGGCCUCAAGACCACGGCUGUUGGGAGUGCGCUGACGAGAGUCGCCGUGGCGGCGGGCCUCUAA